CGUAGCCAUAGUCAGUUCUUAUUUUGAGACUGUCUUUCCUUCCACUAUGGUGAAACCGGAGGAUUGGCCAUCUUCAAUAACGCUACGGUCGAUGCUCAUAAGUGUCAUAUGCGUAACGUAGAGUGUCGUAGAGUGUGACAUUCUAGAUUCACAAUACGAUUUGAAUAAUCGUCAAGCUGUUCACGAUAUUCCUUUUAAUUUAAUCCGUCCGACCGAUUGAAUAUUAUCUACAGUAGUUCGAAAAAUAAGCUGGACAAUGUCUGCAAAUACAGCUGUGUUCAGGAUUUGGAAAGGAAGCAGUACCGUGACUACAUUUCUAUGGAAAUCACAUAAAACUUUCCAAACUCACAGAACAGUUUGUAUUUCUGCGCAAGAUAGAUUUUACUUUAGUAAUGUUAAUCAAGCUGAGAACAAGGUGGCAGUGAGUCAAAAGACGGACUGGAAUAAAACUAUGUCAGAGGCAGAGAAGAUCGUUGGAUAUCCAACAUCCUUCUUAAGUUUAAGAUGGUUGUUGAGCGACGAGAUUGCCAAUGUUGCAUUGCACUUGAGGAAGCUGGUUGGAUCGAAUCAUCCCGUAUUGAAAACAGCAAAGACCAUUAUUUAUAAUGGACGUAAUACGCAGGCAUUUGGUCUCAUUUUGCUGUUAAUUUCCAAAGCUGCUGGUCACUUGAAUGCAAAAUCGAUAGAAGAGGAUAAAGCUGCAGGAGUAUUACACAGUCAAAGGGCAUUGGCAGAAAUAACAGAGAUGAUACGCACUAGCAACUUGAUACACAGAGGGCUGGUAAACAUAAAUACAGAUACAGGAUCUUUGGAAUCUUCAGAAUUGAACAAUAUAACUUUCGGCAAUAAAAUGGCAUUGUUGUGUGGUGAUUACUUGCUUAGCAAUUGUUGCACCGAAUUAGCAGCUCUCAAAAAUCAGGAUCUUGUAUUAUUAAUAUCGUCUGCAUUAAGAGAUUUGUGUCAAGCAGAAUUUGUAGCACGCAGGGAUAAUCAAAACUUUCCUAUACCGUCAAUACCACCUGAGGAUCGUACAGGCUACGCAUUGAAGGAAUGGACGCUUUUAAAUACUUACGGGGCUGCAUCGUUGCUCGGGAAAAGUUGCCAAAGUACAUUAAAAAUAGCUGGUCAUAGCAAAGAAAUAGAAGAGAAAGGUUACGAGUUUGGCAAACACUUGGCUUUAGCUUGGCAGGCUUCCUUGGACUUGGGUUUAUGCAUCAACAAAGAUAAGGGAAUUUUACAUAAUUUGUGUGCAGCUCCAAUUAUGUUUCACGUUGAACAUGACCCAUCAAUUUUGAUAGAGCUCGAUAAAGGAUUGGAGUCAGUUGAGAAUGUCGAUUAUUUAAAGGUGCUUGAAAUUGUCGCAGCUGGUCCAGGCAUUGGAUUAACUAAAGAGCUCGUGAAGGAACACUCGCAAAAGGCAAUGGAAAUCUUAAGUGUGUUUAAGGAAAGUGAUGCUAGAAAGGCGUUAUCCAAUAUUAUUGUUGCCAUAGCUUGCAAAGCCAAGGACUUGGUUUGCAAUUGUCCUUAAGGUUUCUAUAGUGCAACUCUGUAACUCGUUAUAAAAGUUGAACAAGG